AUGAGUUUAAGAAGAAUGAACAUUGAGUCUGAUAUAUUAACAAAGUCGUCAGAAGUAGAUGAACUACUUAUCCUAAAAUGUUUCUCAAAGUUUCAUAAAACUAGAGCACUUAGUGAUUUUAAGGAGAGGCAAAAAAUUAAAAAUUAUGUGGCAACUGUUUACAGACAGACUCCAGCAGAAUUUAAGUUCCACUUUCGCUUGUUACCAUCAACAUUUGAAUUUUUGCUUAUGCAAUUACCACCAGCUGAAACAGUUGUAGGGCGAACCCCUAUUGCAAUUGAUCGUCGUUUGCUCUUGACAUUAUGGGUUUUAGCCAAUGAAAAAGAGACAUUUAGAUCAGUAACUGAACGGUUUGGGGUAAGUGAAUCAAGCGCUCACAGAAUUUUCACUUCAACUGUUGAUGCUAUUCACGAUCUUCGUCACAAAUACAUAGUUUGGCCUCAAGGUACAUUAUGUCCAGACUUGGGUAGUAUUCCGAAUACUUUUUAA